GUUAUACACGUUUGCAAAAGAUGGGAGCAGCGGAAUCCAGAGCACAGGUGACCCCUUCUCGGCCGAUACAAAACCGCCACCUUUCCCAUGUGACUGACCCCCGCUCGCCUACUGCUGGGAUCAUGAGAACUCCAAUUGAGGUCGGGGAUUCUCCGAAGCGCACAAUAAUGUCUGAACAAGACGAAGAGGAGGCAGUGGAGCCCACAGAUUUUGUAGACCCUCGUUCCCCCACACAUGGGAUCGUGCGCACCCCUUUAAGACCUUCUUUACAUGAUUCCCUGAGCCUUCUGGCAAAGCAGCUAAGUGAGGUAUUUGUAUUAGAGGAUUCGGUGGUUGAAGGAAGCCCUGCCGCUGAUGUGGAAUCUCCAGCUGCUGCUUCUGAAGAGCAGGCAGCGAGUGACCUUGCCUCCACACCUGUCUCUAGGGUAAAAGAGACCGAGGAGACGGCAGUGGAAAGUCCAGCCAUCCAAGCUGCGGCACCAGCUGAGCCAACUCCACCUGUCCUACAACAGCAGAAGCAGCGAGGAAAAUCGCCGCACGGUUCCGGUUCAAAAAACGUUCGCCAGCGCCCUAGGAAGGCCUUGAUUUCUUCAGCCCCUGGCCGCUCCCCACUGAAAAUCUUACAGGAGGACAACAGCCCCAGUACUGCUGUACAGAACAGACAGAUAAAGAAGAUCUCCUCCUUCCAGUCUGAUCCGCCAUCGUCUCUCCGGAGCCUGAAGAUCUCUCACAGCGGCUGGGAGAUGUCUCAUAACAAGGAGAACGCACACUACAUCCAGAGUGAAAGCUGAAGCCUUCUUACUACUCCACAUCAUUAUAGAGGAUGUGUAUAUAGACUGAAUAUGUUCUCCUCGCAUACCUGCUGCUGCAUGCAGACCCCUUGUACACUACUCAUGUAAAUAUUUCUGCUACUUUGUCUGUGAUUUUUC